AUGGACGUCGUCUGUACGGACCAACAAAUCUCCGGUGGUCACAUGAGGAAACCAACGGUGGAGAUUCCUCCGAGAAAGCUUCUUUUAUCAUCCAAGUCUUUUCCUCCGGAAUCUUCCCCUCGUUCGCCGCGUAAACAUAACUGGAACAAAAGCAACAAGAUCACAUCUGAGCAUGAAGAAGAUGUCUUCAACGAAGACAACAACAACAAGGAGACUAACACUAAAGAGUAUUGUUACGAUUCCGACACUGAUGAUCCUUACGCAAGCGAUCAUUUCCGUAUGUUUGAAUUCAAGAUCCGACGUUGCACUCGUAGCCGAAGCCACGAUUGGACUGAUUGUCCUUUCGCUCAUCCUGGAGAAAAAGCUCGCCGUCGUGAUCCUCGUCGGUUUCAAUAUUCCGGUGAGGUUUGUCCGGAGUUUCGCCGUGGCGGUGACUGUAGCCGUGGAGACGACUGUGAGUUUGCUCAUGGAGUCUUCGAGUGUUGGCUCCAUCCGAUUCGUUACCGUACUGAAGCUUGUAAAGACGGUAAACACUGCAAGAGAAAAGUCUGUUUCUUUGCUCAUUCGCCACGUCAGCUUAGGGUUCUUCCUCCGGAAGAUGUUUCCGGCGGUUCAGCGUCGGCGUCUCCGGCCAAGACUCCGUGUUGCUUCUUUUGUAGCAGCUCUCCAACGAGCACUCUCUUGGGUAAUUUGUCUCAUCUUUCUCGAUCUCCGUCUCUGUCUCCACCUGUGUCUCCCGCUCAUAAAGCCGCAGCCUUCUCGCGGUUGAGGAAUCGCGCCGCCUCUGCCGUUUCUGCUGCCGCAGCCGCUGGUUCGGUUAAUUACAAAGAUGUUUUGAGCGAGUUGGUAAACUCGUUAGAUUCAAUGAGUCUAGCGGAAGCGCUUCAGGUGAGUUCCUCUUCACCCGUUACAACACCUGUUUCCGCGGCUGCUGCAGCGUUUGCCUCGUCCUGCGGUUUGAGCAAUCAGCGUCUCCAUAUCCAGCAGCAGCAACAGAGUAGUCCUUUACAAUUUUCUCUUUCGCCUUCCACUCCAAGUUACCUAGCCAACUCGCCUCAAGCGAACUUCUUCGCUGAUGAUUUCACUCCACGCCGGAGACAAAUGAGCGAUUUCACUACGGUGGCGGUGGGUAGAGACAAGAACAGCUUUGAGGAUGGUUCUUGUGGUGGUGACCCUGAUCUAGGUUGGGUGAACGAUCUCUUGACUUGA